UUUAAAACAAAAAAAAGGUCGUGAAGCAGAAUCUCAUCGGACGUAGAAGCAUCCCUCUCUCUCUCCGACAUCGAACAUUAGUUUCAUUGGCAAAGUACGAUUCAGACCAGAAGUGAAGCUGCGAAAGAUUUCAUUGUAAUGGGAGUAGUGUUUAUUUCAAGCUCAGCUGCGAGAUCACCUCUGGGGCUAAGCAGUGAUUAUCUUCUGACACAACGGUCUUCACUUAAAAAGCCAUCCAUUGUUGCUUUCAAAGCAGAUGAUUCCACCAACUCACCUUUGAUCAUUCCUCGAGUUUUGGACAAGCAGAAGGAGAAGAGAGUAGUGGCAACGAGGAGAAAGCCCUGUAAAGCCACGAAAACAACAACAAAGUCUCCACUAGAUCAAAACGUGGCUCCUUCGUGUCCGUUAGACUACAACGAAGCCGCUGCGAGACUAGAAAACAUUUACAAGCUCAGUCCUCCUCCUCCUGCAACAACUCUCGAGGAAGAAGAAGAAGACGGCACCAAAGUGAAAGUUCCACGGAGGAGGAAGAGGAAAGACAGCGGCGAGGAGAAUAAGAAAGUAGUUGUGAGGAACAAUGGGGAGAAGGAGAAGCGUCUGACUCUUGAUAAACGGAUAGCGUUGAAGAGAAACAACGUUCAAGAGAAGCCAGUUAACGCUAGGGAGAAAGUGACAAAGAAGCAGCAAGAGGAGGAGGAGAAGCUGGAGAGGCUGGUGAGAGAGUACUCAGCUUCUAAUGAUGUAGUCAGCUUGGACUGGAAAAAAAUGAAGAUACCUCCUGUUCUUACUUCCACUGAACACACUUGGUUGUUUAAGUUGAUGCAACCUAUGAAGGCUCUUCUUCAAGUGAAAGAUGAGUUGGAGAAGAGCAUGGGAAGAGAGCCGAGGGAAGCUGAGAUAGCUGGAGAGAUCAAUAUGAGUGUGGCUGAAGUGAAAAAGAAAAUCGAAAUUGGUAGAGCUGCAAGGAACAAACUUAUUAAGCACAAUCUCCGUCUUGUAUUGUUUGUUAUGAACAAAUAUUUUCAAGAUUUAACCAACGGACCGAAGUUCCAAGACCUGUGUCAAGCCGGUAUGAGAGGGCUCAUCACAGCGAUUGACCGGUUUGAGCCUAAAAGGAAGUUACGUCUCUCAACUUAUGGUUUGUUUUGGAUUAGACAUGCCAUCAUACGCUCCAUGACUACCUCUAACUUCACUCGUGUCCCUUUUGGACUUGAAUCGGUUAGAGUGGAGAUCUACAAAGCAAAGAUGGAGCUGUUGUUUGAGCUUGGAAGACUCCCUACAGAGGAAGAGGUAGUUAAGAGACUCAAGAUCUCACCUGAGAGAUACCGUGAAGUCUUGAGAGCCGCGAAACCUGUUUUCUCACUGAACUCGAAACACGCGGUUACUCAAGAAGAGUUCAUCAACGGAAUCACUGAUGUUGAUGGUGUAGGAGCUGAUAACCGGAGACAGCUUGCUCUUCUCAGGCUAGCUCUCGACGACGUGCUGGAUUCGUUGAAGCCAAAAGAGAGUCUGGUUGUUAGACAAAGAUACGGUCUUGAUGGGAAAGGGGACAGGACACUAGGAGAGAUAGCUGGGAAUCUCAACAUCUCUAGAGAAAUGGUGAGGAAACAUGAAGUCAAGGCUUUGAUGAAGCUCAAACAUCAGGCUCGAGUUGAUUACCUUCGGCAGUACAUCAUCUGAAAACCAAACCAAACCGAACCAAACCUCCCCACUCGACCAUCUUUAACGUUGGUACAGUCUGUGUAUAUGAUAUCAGAGUUACUUAAAGCCUGCGUAAAUUUGAUCAGUGAAUAGUAGUCGUUGUAUUAUAUCAUUAUUAUACUAAACCGAUACCGAGAAGUUAUACAUGUAAAGUUUGAGACC